AUGAGCUCUGUUAAGCCGUUCAAGAUCUCCGUUCCUGAUUCACAGCUUGAAAUAUUGCGCAAGAAGCUCGAAGUUACGACCUUUCCAGACGAACUAGAAGAGUCCAAAUGGGACUUAGGCGCACCGUUGGAUGAUAUAAAGCGCCUAACAGAGUACUGGAAGGAGAAGUUCGACUGGCGCGAAAAAGAGAGAUGGCUUAAUGAGCAGAUGUCUCACUUUACGACCGAUGUUGAGGUAGAAGGAUUCGACAAGCUGAAUAUACACUUUGUUCACCACAGAAGCGAUGUAGCCGGUGCAAUUCCUCUACUAUUUCUCCAUGGCUGCAGGUUCCCAGAUAUACAGCUCACGUCUUUCCAAGCGCAAACUAAUACAUUUCUAGGGCCAGGAAGUUUCCUUGAAGUCUCAAAGCUGUUGCCUCUGUUGACAGCUGGAAGUGAGAGCCACCCUGCCUUCCACGUAGUGGCACCAUCUCUCCCCAACUUUGGUUUCUCGGAGGGAGUUAAGAAGAGAGGAUUCGGUCUUGCGCAGUACGCGGAAGCCAUGAAUGCGGUGAUGACAACAUUGGGGUAUGAGGAAUAUGUGGUGCAAGGAGGAGACUGGGGUGGUGUCAUCUCUCGUAUCAUGGCGAAGCGUUAUCCUUCACACGUGAGAGCAGUACAUGUCAAUUUUGUUAUCCUUUCCCUCCCGUAUCCAUGGAAAAGCCCAAUACUCUUUCUCAAGUCCCUUCUUACAAUUCCCUUCUCGCGCAAGGACCUGGCCAAACUCGCUGUAUCCAAGAACUAUGCCACGGAGGGAAACGGGUAUAUGGCUCAACAAGGCUCUCGUCCUCAAACGCUCGGGUAUAGUCUCCAUGACAGCCCUGUAGGCCUGUUAGCUUGGAUAUACGAGAAAUUACAUUCCUGGACAGACUCUUAUUCUUGGACGGAAGACGAAGUCUUGACAUGGGUUUCAAUAUACCUCUUCUCUCGUGCAGGGCCUGCUGCAUCAACUCGAAUCUACUACGAAUUCAACAAUGCUCCUCCUGGACCCGGAAACCUUUCUAGUCAAGAGGUAGCCAGCUGCUAUUCUCCUGAUGUGAAAUUCGCUAUUGCACAUUUCCCUCGUGAGAUUCUUGCAUUUCCUAUGCUAUGGUGCCGUUCUAUUGGGGAUGUAGUGAGAGAAUCCGAAUUUGAUAAAGGUGGCCAUUUUGCUGCCUGGGAGGUUCCAGACGUUUUGGCAGCGGAUAUUCAGGGGUUCCUUGGGAAGGAAGGCCAGGCCUACGGCAUAGUUUCUGGAGCAGAUAGAUAUUAA